AUGGAUUCUCACGAUGCAAAGCCUCUUAUUAUUAAUAAGGGAACCCCGGGAAUUUCCUACUUCACACCCGCUCAAUCGCCUCCUUCAGGAACAGCCAAGGAUCCCCAGUCCGAUGGCAGUGCAAUCCCAAAGCUCUUCCAACCCCUGACCAUUCGUGGAGUUACUUUCCAGAACCGCAUUUUCCUCUCGCCAAUGUGCCAGUAUUCCGCUCAGAAUGGCUACCUGACUGACUGGCACUUGACUCACCUUGGUGGCAUGAUCCAGCGAGGACCUGGCCUCACAUUCAUCGAAGCAACCUCGGUCACUCCUGAAGGUCGAAUCACGCCAGAAGACAGUGGGCUUUGGGAAGAUGGUCAAAUGGGCCCUUUGAAGAGAAUCGUCGAGUUUGCGCAUAGUCAGAGUCAAAAGAUCGGGAUCCAGCUGGGCCACGCAGGCCGCAAGGCCAGCACCGUUGCUCCUUGGCUGAGUCGAGGUGACACUGCCCAGAAGGAAGCUGGCGGCUGGCCUACAGAGACGCUUGCCCCGAGCGCCAUUGCCUUCCAGGACACCUACCCCAAUCCCAAUGCCCUUACGCUGGAGGGAAUCGAAAGAAUCAAGAAUGCGUUCGUGGACGCUGUCAAGAGAUCCCUCCAAGUUGGAUUUGAUGUCAUUGAGAUCCACGGUGCCCAUGGCUAUCUCAUUCACUCGUUCCUCAGCCCAGUCAGCAACAAGCGAACCGAUCAGUAUGGCGGAUCCUUCGAGAACCGGACGCGUCUGGCUCGAGAACUCGUUGAGGCGACAAGGGCCGUCAUUCCCAAGGACAUGCCUCUCUUCUUCCGAAUCAGCGCCGACGACUGGCUCAAGGGUCAAGAUGAAUUCCCAGAGAGCUGGACAGUUGAGGACACAGCCAAGCUGGCUCCAAUUUUGGCCGAGUUGGGCGUGGAUUUUCUUGAUACCAGCUCAGGCGGCAUCCACCCUGCUCAAAAAAUUGUCGGUGGACCGGGAUACCAAGCUCCGUUUGCACUUGCAGUGAAGAAAGCAGUGGGAGAUUCCCUGCUUGUUGGAACCGUUGGAUCCAUCACAACGGGCACUUUGGCACAGGAACUUCUAGACCAAGGCCUGGACGCCGCCUUUGUUGGACGGUAUUUCCAGAAGAACCCCGGCCUGGUUUGGACUUUCGCAGAGGACCUUGGUGUUGAGAUCCACGUUGCAAACCAGAUCUCAUGGGGCUUCCACGGCAGGGCGGGUGGUAAAGGCAAGCACGAGACCAAAGCAACCCGCUAA